ACAAUGAAGACACCAUUCGUCUUAUUAUUACUUUCUCUCCUUCUCAUGACCAUCUUCCUUUCCGAAGCAAGAGUGCUUCAACCAAAUAAAACACAAAGCUCACUCAACAUAAAAACCUCACAAAACACACAAAGCCCGGUACUUGAUAUGUACGGAAAGAUUGUUCGGGUUGGUGUCAAGUACUACGUUGUACCACUUCUCCAGGACCAAGGCGGUGGGUUGGACCUAGCUUCCACUGGUAGUCAGAGUUGCCCACAAAGUGUGGUUCAAGAUGAUCCUUACUGGUGGGGAAACACGAUGCAGUUCUACCCAGUUGAUCCGAAGAAAGGUGUGGUUCGUGAAUGGAGUGACCUCAACAUUGAAUUCCCGGACGCAUACACUAUGGGAUGUCCAGAGAAUAAUGUUUGGACGAUAGUUGGCGAUCUCUCGGUGUAUGAUGAUUCUCAUUACAUAACAGCAGGUGGAGAAAAAGGAAAUCCUGGUUCACAAACCCUAAACAAUUGGUUCAAGAUUGUAAAAACAACAAAUGCUUACAAGCUCAUGUCUUGUCCAGAUGUGUGCUAUUACUGCUCAUACAACUGCCGUGAUGUUGGCAUUUCGGUGGAAGGUGGACAAAAGCGUUUGGUUCUUAGCGAUACCCCUCUUGAAAUCAACUUUAGAAAGGCCUAAAAAUGGUUACAUUUCUCAUGUUGAUAGCAGAGCUAUAUAUAACAAAAUUGGAUUUACACACAAAUAAAUCAGUA